UUUUUUUCCUUCGUCAUUGAAGCAUUUGUCAAGAUAGUUGUGAACUUCUGAUAUAGCAAAUGAAAUGAUUCUUUACAGUUAUUGUAUAUGAGAAAACAACCAUCUGUUUUGGCCUUCAGUAGUGUAUUUUUACUGCGGUACUAAUGGCGCUUUCAAGGUCUGUGAGUUUUGUUUUGAUCAGUUGGGUUACGUUCGUCUGUCUUGAUGCACAAAAAAAAACAACUAUAGAUUGUGACACGACACCCAACCUACUCCUGCUGUCAGCCUUCCCUGAUGAAUAUACAGGUGAUAUAGAAUGGAUUACAAAUAUUCCACCCAACGUAAAUUUAAGAUUAAAAGAAUAUUUGUUCCCCGAACACUUACCGUAUGUGGAGCUAGCAUAUGAUUCUAGGUUUAAUAAUGCAACAGUGAGGACUCGUCAGCCACUGGAUGUUGAUUUUCUUGAGAGUGACCAUCUCUUUUAUGCUGUUGUUUGCCAAAGAACUGGAAUGCCUGAGAUAGAGAAUGCACGGGAUUUACUAUUGCAAGAUAUUAAUGACAAUUCUCCAGAAUUUCUACAAAGUCAAUAUAACGCUUCAGUAUCCGAGGUAUCUGCAAUAAAUUCCACAGUUAUAAAAGUGGAAGCUCAGGAUAAAGAUCUGACACCUGAUUUCAGCCUUAUUAGUUACAGUCUUUGGGGUCCAAACUCUGAUUACUUUUAUAUAAGGGAAGGAGAUGGAAACAUCAUGGUGAAUAAAACUUUGGAUUACAACAAGAUCAACCAUUUCAAUUUAACAGUCCAAGCAAAGGAAAGAUUUGGAACUAAGAGCGAUAAUGCCUCAGUGAUAAUUCAUGUACAGGAUUAUGACACAAUGAACCCCUAUUUCAGACAAUCAGCGUACAAUGGAACAAUCAACGAAAAUGAGGUGGGUCCUGUGGCUAUUCUCCCAGAGAAGAUAUUUGCUGCAGAUGGAGACAUAGGUAUAAAUGAAAAAGUGGUUUACAGCAUCAAAUUAGUGAAACCCCCAGCCUAUGACAAAAGCUUUUCAAUUGAUGCUGACAGUGGAGUAUUGGAAGUAAAGACUGCAAUUGACAGAGAACAGUGUCCCUAUCUUGUUGUGGGCAUUAUGGCAGCUCAGCAGGACAAUAAUCUCAAAACAGCUGAUGCAAUUGUUCUGGUUACUAUUGAAGAUGUAAAUGACAAUCCUCCAGAAUUGUCAAAGCCAAGCUACAGUGUCUCAAUUCCAGAAAAUUUGCCAGAUGGGAGUCAAGUUCUUGAAGUAACAGCUUCUGACAAAGAUGAGGGAGGAUUCCAGGGAACAUUCAGUCUCACUCCAGCUGACAGUCCGUUCCAGCUAAGUCACGAUGGGAUCCUAACUGUGAGGAACUCCACACUGUUGGAUAGGGAGAAAACACCAUCUUUUCAUCUACAGGUCAAUGCUACAGAUCAUUUGAAACCACACUAUAAUGCCCAGUCUACAAUCAGCAUCUUCUUGCUAGAUGAAAAUGACAACGCCCCGACCUUUACAGGCACGCCAUAUAAACAAAUUAUUUUCAUCAAUAUGACUGCAGGAAUGUCCAUUCUUCAGGUUGCUGCUACUGAUCCAGAUGAUGGAAUAAAUGGACAAAUAAGCUUUACCUUAGCUGGUGGCAAUGAAGAUGGAUACUUUGAUUUGGAUACAUCCACAGGACAAAUCAGUUUAAAAACAGUAAUCCUAUUAGGAGUCAAUGAGUCUAAGGACUUUGUCUUGUGGAUAACAGCUACUGAUGGUGGGGUAAUUCCAAGAAGUUCAUCCGUGCCAGUACACAUUGCUGCAGUAGGAGAUUCCAAACCCCAGUUUAUUCCAAAAAUGUAUAAUGCAUCUGUGGAAGAAGAGAGAGUCAGUCCUGUUGAAGUAACAAGAGUAAAAUAUGAAUCUCUAAAUCCUCAUAUACCAGUUACACUGAAAGUACUGACAGAAUCAGCUACAUUUGACGUCGAUGUCAAUGGUGUCAUCUGGACAAAAACUAAACUGGACUAUGAAUCCCAGAAUAAUUACACACUAAAUGUUUCCUUGUCAGAUGGAAGUACUACUGACUAUGCUACUGUGUUCAUCAAAGUUACAGAUGUCAAUGAUAACCAUCCUGUGUUUGGUGUAAUCAACCCUACCAUUCAUAUUCUGGAGAACAUGCCAGCUGGAACUUCAGUCACCACAGUGUUGGCUACUGAUAUAGACAGUGGUUUUAACGGAUUAGUGACUUAUGCUCUGAGAGGUACAGAGGAAAAAAUGGAUAUUGACUCUUCAGGAUUAAUUUUGCUGAAAAAGGAAUUGGACAGAGAAAUACAAGACUUCUAUAAUUUAACAGUGAUUGCUAGUGACCAAGGCCAACCCAUGCUUUCUACAGCUCUCAAUUUAAGAGUCAUCAUUGAUGAUGUGAAUGAUAACUAUCCAGUGUUCUCAUCAAGUAGAUAUGAAGUGAGCGUCCCUGAAGACAAAGUACAUGGAAGUGAACUACUGACAGUAUCUGCUACAGAUCUGGAUGCUGGGGCCAAUGCUCUCGUGACGUACAGACUUGUUAACCAGCAGCCUCCAACCUCCUCACCAAUGUUUCUUAUCAAUUCGACCACAGGCCAGCUCUUUCUGAGGCAGCAGCUGGAUUAUGAAACCACAAAGCAAUUUGAUGUAGAAGUAGAGGCAUCAGAUGGAGGGCAGCCAAGUCUCAGCAACAAGACACUUGUUGUUGUCCACAUACUAGAUGUCAACGAUAACCCACCACAAUUUGAUCAGGCAGCUUAUGAUAUUUCUGUGCCUGAAAACAUACAAAAGGGCAGUCCUAUCUACUCAUUUAGUGUUACUGAUGAGGAUGAGGCUGGCUUUUCUCAGGGAUACUUUAUUCAUAACAGUACUUCGUUUACUGUGGAUUUCCCUGGAAUACUUUCAUUAAGGAACGACACAGAACUGGACAGGGAGACUACAUCUGGAUUCACUUUGCAAGUGUGGGCAGUUGAUGAAGUGAAUGGACUUAGUUCAAGUGCUUUGUUCCACAUCACAGUUCUGGAUGUCAAUGAUAAUAACCCCGAGUUUCAGAUGCAGCCAUACCAGUUUGCAGUUCUGGAGGGAGAUCGCAGGUUGGCUGCUCCUGCUAUAGUUGGACAUGUAACUGCUACUGAUAUGGAUGAGGGAGAGAAUGCACGAAUUACUUAUUACUUAUCAGCUGAGGAUGGGGAUAAUCCAUAUAGCAUCCAACAGAAUGGAACUGUUUUGGCUAGUGGCUAUGUAGACCGAGAAACCAAAGAGAAGUACGAGCUGCUGUUGGUGGCAUCUGACAAUGGAAUUCCUCAAAGGCAGAAUUUCACAUACAUCAGCAUUCAAGUAUUAGAUGUGAAUGAUAACGCUCCUCAGUUCACAAAAGCGCAAUACUCGGCCAGUGUACGUGUAGCAACAGCAAAAGAAGGAGCAUCUGUACUAUCAGUGUCUGCUACUGACCUUGACAUUGGGAACAAUUCCGUCAUUUCCUACAGCCUGAUGAACCAUUCUGAUGAUUUUCAUAUAAAUAACCAUACUGGAGAAAUCAUCCUCAGCAGUAACUUGACCCAUAUCACAGCUGACACGGUUGUUACACUAAUAGUUAUUGCUGCUGAUCAUGGAGUUCCUCAGCUUACAUCAAACGUUUCAGUCACUCUCUACUUGCUGGUAAAUGACACUGGCUUCGCACUGACUUUUGAAAGCUCCACCUACGAGUUCAGCAUUCCAGAAGAGGAACCAGUUAGGACUGCUGUUGGCUCUGUGAAAGCUCUGACUGGAAGCAUAGCCAUACAAGUAGCAUACUCUCUGAAAUCACAUACUGACAAGUUUUCUGUUAAUGACCAAGGGGACAUUGUGACUAUUGCCAGGCUAGAUCGAGAAGAUGAUGACCUAUAUAGCAUCCUUGUAGAAGCUGUUGAUUCUGUGGUGCCACCCAAUACAGCUGUUGCUUUGGUAACAGUGAGAAUAAAUGACAUCAAUGACAACCCUCCAGUUUUCUCAACACUGAUUCAAACAAAACUAUCUUUUCCUGAGAAUGCAAAUAGUCUAGAUUUGGGCGCAUUUUCUGCUACUGAUACGGAUAUAGGAGAUAAUGCACUGAUAAGCUAUUCUUUACAAGAUGAUUUUGCUGGAGUGUUCCGUAUUGACAGUUCCACGGGCAAGCUGAUGACAACAAAAUCCUUAGACAGAGAAAUGACAGACACUUAUGAACUGAAAAUAAUUGCCACUGAUUCUGGCAGACCACCGCUAUCUGAAAGCUUAGUUCUAAGCAUCACCGUAGAAGAUGAGAAUGACAACCCACCUGUGUUCCCCCAGAAGUCAUACUCUGUGACUGUAAAAGAGAAUGAGCCUCCACAUGUGAUUUUGAAUGUAACAGCCACAGAUAAGGACAUAGGGUACAAUGCCAUCAUUCAUUAUACCAUAAGUGGAGAGACUUCAUUUUAUGUUGAAAAACUUUCUGGAGCUAUUAUGACUCUUCAGCCUUUGGACUAUGAAAGCCAUGCCCAGUAUAUGUUUAUUCUGAAAGCUUUCAAUCCUGGAGAGCCAUAUCUUCAAGACACAGCAAACAUCACAGUUAUUGUGGAAGACGUUAAUGAAGAAGGACCUGUAUUUGAACAGCCCUCAUAUUUCCAGAUCCUCCUAGACAAUUCUACAGCUGGCACACUGAUAGUAGAUAUCAAUGCAAGAGAUGAAAACAAAGGUUAUGAUGAAGGCAUUUUCUACAAUAUUACAGAAGGAAACUCAGAAGGCCUCUUUAGUCUCUCCAGUACCACAGGAGAGCUCACAUUAACAAGAGACUUACACAGCCAGGCUGUUCUCCUGCAUUACUCCCUGACAAUCACUGCGACAGAUUCAGGUCUGCCACCGCUUUCAACUUCUGUAAAGGUGUCAGUGACUGUAGCUCCUAUCAACAUUUCAUUCCCAGUGUUCUCUGAAGCAGUCUAUCAGCCUGCACCUCUGAGUGAGAAGAUACCGCCAGAUUCAUUUGUUGUACAUAUCAGUGUGUUGUAUAAUGCCCCUGUGAUAUACAGCAUCGUGUCCGGAAAUGAAAAGGGGUAUUUCACUAUUGAUUCAUCCACUGGGAUCAUAAGAACAGAAAAGAAAUUGACAUUGGAAGAUUUCCCAGUUAUUUUAAAUGUGAGAGCAACAGAUUCGUCCAACGCCAGCAUAUUCAAUGAAGUUUCUGUGCAUGUGGACGUCAUUGAUGAAAAUGAUUUUCCUCCAGUUUUCCCAUCCUCUCUGCUAGAACAGAGACUGGAAGAGAAUUUACCUGCUACUGAGAUUGUCCAGCUGAAAGCACAGGAUAAUGAUACAGGUAGAAAUGGUUUACUAACAUAUGGCAUUCUCAGUGGAGACAGACUAAAAUUCCGGAUAGAUGAAGCAACUGGAAUUCUUUAUUCCACCACCUCCUUUGAUUAUGAAGAGGAACCUACAGAGUAUCAGGUUGUGAUAUAUGCUGAAGAUGAUGGAAUCCUUGAGAAGAAAAGGGGUUACUGCACAGUUGUCAUAAAGAUCAUUGAUGUUAAUGACUGGCCACCUGUGUUUGACCUGGUGACUCCAUUCAGUGUUAAUGAAAAUGUGGCUGUGGGAUUCGUAGUUGGAAAAGUCACAGCAACUGACAGAGACACAGGAGACAAUGCCUUUAUUCUUUACAGCCUUACAGAUGGUGGAGAAAAUAUAUUUGAAAUAGAUGAAACACUUGGGAACAUUAAGAUAAAGAAUUCUCCAGACUACGAAACCAUGAAUAAGUACAACCUGACAGUGAAUGCAGUCAACAACAAAUCUGCCCCUUUCUAUCAGGCAACCACCACUGUCACUGUUCUAGUGAUUGAUGUGAAUGAUAAUGCUCCAGUGUUUGAUCAGAAUUCCUAUUCCGCUUCUAUAAACAUGAUUAAUCCUGUAGGCGCUCACAUCAUAACCGUGCGCGCUACCGACAAAGAUCAGGGGCAAAAUGGCCUCAUCGAAUACUACAUCCUCCCAGAUACAAAAUUCAGCGCAUUCUUCUUGAUAGAAGAUAGGAGUGAGGGGAAAAUAAUAACAACUGGAAACCUGCCUACUUCUGAAGAAAUCCAGUUAACAGUGAUGGCUGAGGACAAAGGCUCUCCAUCUUUAAACAGCACUGCUGUGAUUACUCUUAAUGUGGUCGACAACCGUCCAUUUGUUCCUCAGUUUAAUGAGAGCCAAAUCAGCAUUUCAGUGUUGGAAAAUACGGGAGUGGAUCGUUUAAUUUACACUUUUGUUGUGGCUGAAACUUCAGGAAAACCGAUUGUUUAUACAGUUGUAUCUGGCAAUGAAAAAGGUCAUUUUAGGUUGGAUCCAGAAAGUGGUGAGCUGAAAACGGGAAUUAAUUUGAACUAUGAGGAGACUUCUCAGUAUGUGAUUUUAGUUGAAGCAAAUGUAAAUGUCUCAUCUCCUGCAAUCCAGUCUUCAGGCCUGUUUGCUGCAAACGUGGUAAUGCUGACCAUCUCAGUGCAGGAUGUAAAUGAAGAGCCAGCAUUUUUGCAAAGCGUCUACUCUGCUCGGGUACCAAACUCUGUGCCAUACAAGUACCCGGUUAUUACAGUUCAGGCCACAGAUCCAGACUCAGGAGACAAUGGACUUCUGCUGUACAGCUUAGUGAAUCAUCAAACAAAUGAAUUUGACAUCGAUGAAAAUACAGGGCAGAUUUUUACAGUUUCUGUAGCAGGAAAGGUUGGAACAUUUUAUCUGGAAGUCCAGGCUGCAGACCAAAGUGGAAAAGGACUCACAGCCCGGACAAACGUCAAUGUAACCGUGGAUUCCAGCUCCAGUAAAAACAUUGUGGUACUUGUUCUUAAUCAGAAGAUCAAUGUUGUGGAAAAAAGCAUUGCUGAAGUAGAAAGGGUCUUAGAAGAUAUACUUGCAUGGAAUAUAUACAUUGUUGAUGUUUAUUCCAAUGAAUUUGAAAGAAGAACAAGAGAAAGCACUGAUGUAACCUACAUAAAAAUCAUUGCUGUUGAUGAGGCAAACCAGGAAAUACCUGCAGAAGAUGUAAAAAGAAAACUAAGGGAGCAGAAGACAAACAUUGAGAAGGAACUUGAGAAGGUAUUUUCAACAUCCGUUGCCGCUGACAUAGAAGAGGCUCCUGCUGGCUCGACAACUCCUGAACUCAUUGCAACUAUUGUUCUCAGUAUUUUGCUAGCCUGUACCCUCAUAGCCUUCCUGGUAUAUGUGGUCAUUUCUAUAAAAAGGAAAAGAAUGCAUGAACAAGAGUAUUUGGCUAAGAAGCUACAUGAAGUGGAGGGUAUUGAUAAUCCGAAUGUAGCUGACAAAAAUGGAAGUCUGAACAACCUAGUGAAACUAGAGGACACAAAUAAAGUAACUGAAACAUUAGAGUUUAGCAACCUGCAGGAUACCAAAGAAGGCAAUGCUGACAAAGACGUACUUCAGGCCGAAGAAAAAUGCAAUUACCUCGAGACACUACUACUAGAUAUCAGCAGUGAACAAGAAAAAAAGGACUGCUCAAAUCAUGACUCAGCUCCUUCACUGACACCUGCCGCUGUGAAAGAAAUAAAAGGAGUAAAAUUUUCAGAAGCGGCAAUUAUUUUGGAUACAGAAUCUGAACUAGAUGAGUCUGAUGAUGCCAGUGACUGUGCUUGAUGAAGAUAACUUUUAUGAAAGCCACAAGAGCGCUGUAACAAUACAAAAUUAAGUCUGUAAUAAUAGGGGGACACUACCGCCUUUUAAUGCUUGCUACUCCUGUUUGUGCUGUAACAGAUGGACAAGAAAGAAAACGAGCGAUAGAGUUGUGGAAUCGUUUUAAUGUAGUUACUUUCCCAGGACUUCUUACGGGGUAUUUAAUUCUGUGUGUUAUGAAUAAAAGAAGACAAAAGAAAAAC